CCACCACUAUCCCGCGAGGGGGGAAAUGAUAAUAGAGCAGCGGAAGCGGAAGAAGAAAAAGCGAGCUCUCCAACUGACUACCACCAACAACACUCGGCAGGUCUGCGUCUCUCUCCUUCCGACAACACAUCGAUAGCACAAUCUUCGCCUGUUCCUAUGCGAUUCUAUCGGUACAGAAUGGGGUUGUCGGUCGAGUUUUCAAGAGGUUGGACUUCGUGAGAAUUGAUAGGGGACGGAUAGGAUUCUUGCGAAUUGGGUGGAUUUCCUUUUGCGAGAUAAUCAGAGGAGAAGGGGAAAUCGGAAGGAUCUGCCAAGAAUGAACUUUAAUAAGCAUAGUAUGAUGGGAGAUGGGGGAGGAGGAGGGUCGGGAGCGGAGGCGAAGGGCGGCGGCGGGCUGGCGCGGCAGACGUCCGUCUACUCGCUGACUCUUGAUGAGUUCCAGAGCACGCUGGGGGGGCUCGGAAAGGACUUCGGCUCCAUGAACAUGGACGAGCUCCUCAAGAACAUAUGGACCGCUGAGGAGAGUCAGGUCAUGGCCGCCGUGGCCGCUCCCGUCCUCGACGCCGGCCUUCAGCGGCAGGGUUCCUUCACUCUACCCCGGACUCUCAGCCAGAAGACGGUCGACGAGGUCUGGAGGGGCCUCGUCUGCCUCCCCCAGAAUCCCCCGGCCGCCGCCGUCGCUGGCGUCUCGCACCACCAGCGACAGCCGACGCUCGGCGAGAUGACCCUGGAGGAAUUCUUGGUCAGAGCCGGGGUGGUCAGAGAGCAGCCGGCUGCUCCUUCGACCUCUCUGCCACAGAGACUUAAUGGUGAUCACAGUAAUAACGGCAACAGCAACAACAAUGCUAUCAGCAACGUGCUUUUUGGUGAUCCACCAGUUGCAAACAAUGCCUCAAGCCUUCCUCUUGGGUUCACGCAGGCAAGUCGAAACAGUAGGGAUGUCGUACUGACCAAUCCGAUUGCAAACAGUUCAGUGACUAAUUUACCGAUGAUGGCCACUGCUGAGCCGAGUCAGUUCGUUGUGCCGCAUGGUGCUGUUGAUUUGGGGAACCCUCAGAGGAACAGAGGGGGAGGCCUUGUUGGGAUUGGGGAUGCAGGGUUGAAGAACGGAUUAAUGUCUGGAGCUGUUGGUUUGGGCACGGUUGCAGGUACAGUUGCAGUUGGAUCUCCAGCAAACCACCUGGCUUCAGAUGCACUUAGGAAGAACGGUGGGGAUUUAUCUUCGGUGUCGCCAGUUCCAUAUGCUUUUGGUGGAGGUCUGAGAGGAAGGAAGCCGAGUGCUGUGGAGAAGGUGCUGGAGAGGAGGCAGAGGAGGAUGAUCAAGAACAGGGAAUCAGCUGCUAGAUCUCGAGCCAGGAAGCAGGCUUAUACCAUGGAGUUGGAAGCUGAAGUAGCAAAACUCAAAGAGCUAAAUGAAGAGUUGCAGAAAAAACAGGCAGGAGAAGAUGAUGGAUAUGCAGAAACAUCAGGUCUGCGAGAUAAUUAAUCAGCAGCGAGAACCGAAGAAACUAUGCUUAAGAAGGACACAGACAGGUCCCUGGUAAAGUUGUGAACGGACAGUGACGACGAAAUAUAUCAGAGUUCUUGUGCGGAAAGCAGUUGUUUAUAUCAGAUAAUGGUGUCAGCUAGUGUAAAUUAAGAAUCAGUAAAUCUAUCUUGUGGAUGUUCUUCUCUUAUCUUGCUAUGGACCUCCAGUUUUCGUAAGGGUGUUUCCAGUUGUUUGACUUUA